CAUUAACUUGUACAACAGUAAAUCUAACAUCGGAAAGAAAAUUAAGUAUUGUAAUUUGGCGAGACAUGUUUUAGUGAUUUGUUUGAAAGCGAUCAAAGCCAUGGAGAAGGUCAUAACCAGAGUCAAACCCAACCCUAUGGUGAAACCAGAAAAUACUGGAAAAGCAUCAAUAGGUCUUCCUACAUUUUUGGAAUCAACUGCUGAAAAUACACAAGGCUUUAAAAAGCUUCAGAGGCAAGCUGCUGAGCUGUUUGGGAUGGAGGAUGCCUUAUUUGUACCCAGUGGAACAAUGGGAAAUCUCGUUUCAGUCAUGUGUCAUUGCCGGGAGAGGGGAGCUGAACUGAUAGUUGGUGACCAGGCACAUAUCCAUCUCUAUGAACAGGGAGGUGUUGCUCAGAUUGCUGGAAUUCACUCACGCGUUGUAAAGAAUCUUCCGGAUGGAACGUUUGAUUUGAAUGAGGUCGAAUCAAAAAUACGGCAGCAUUUCCCAGACUCUCACUACCCUAGGACUGGCGUAAUUUGCCUCGAGAACACUCAUAAUGAGGCUGGAGGGAGGGUUCUGCCACUCUUCUUUCUCCAGGAGGUGCAAACUCUUGCUGACAAGUACCAGCUGCCUGUCCACGUGGAUGGGGCUCGCCUGAUGAACGCAGCGGUAGCUUUGGGUGUGAAGGCCUCGGAGAUACUGCGAUUCUGUGACUCCGUAUCCAUGUGUCUGAGCAAGGGUUUAGGAGCCCCAGUCGGCUCUCUCAUCGGCGGGCGAAAGGAAUUUAUUGACCAGGCGGUCCGAGUGAGGAAGGUGCUCGGAGGGGGGAUGAGGCAAGCCGGCCUACUAGCUGCAGCAGGACUCCUCUCCAUCUCCGAUAUGGUCGACAGACUCCAGGAUGAUCACAGAAACGCCAGGAUGUUUGCCCAAGGUGUUCAGACGUUUGCUUCCUCCUUGUGUGACAUCAAUAUCGAUGCAGUGGAAACAAAUAUUCUAAUGCUUACAGUGAAUGACCCAAGGAUGUCACCUGAGGAAUUCUGUGACAAGAUGGCGGAGGUGACGGACGAUGAAAUAACUGUGAUGGGGCAUGGUGUUCGAGUGUUAAUGAACCCAGUAUAUGGGCACAAAGUCCGAGCUGUUUGGCAUGUAGAUGUAUCAGAGGAGGACACUGAGCUGGCAUUACAGAAAUUGCAGUAUGUGAUACAGAAAGUCAAUCAAAAAUAGCAAUUGUUUAUCCAAACUUUGCAAUCGUUGAAAGACAAUAAUUGUGGCUUGUAUAAGAAUGGAAAAUUCUCAAGUCAGACUGUGAGAGAUAUUUGUAAUUCACUUGCCAGGUCUGAUCAUUCACAGCAAUUUGUACUGUUUGAUUUUGUGAAUUAUGAACGCUGAUUUUUAAACACUCAUCCUGGUUUUCAGAUGCAUUGUCCCAUCAUUUCUAUUCACCCCCAGCACCACAAUGAUCCGAGAUGUUUGAACCCUUCUUCAGCAUCCCGGAUUUUAAUUGCUCCACCAUUGAUUGGUGCGCCUCAGUUGCCUGGGCUCCAAGUCCUGGGAUAACACCACAGAAAAGCAGAAACAGUUCAAGGAAACGAGGAGACGUUUUUUAGACCAAGAGACAGACUUUAUUGUGAAACUGUCAUGUUGAUGAAAUCCCAUAGAAAAGCGUUCUCAUUCUAACACUACAGAAACAAUCCAGAAUACCUCUGAUCCUGAUAGUUACAAUACCGUUUCAGAACAAAUACUGCUUGUGUUAUCUGCUGGUAAUAUACUCAAAAUUGAUUCCAAUCAUUAUUUAAUUUCUACUAAAUCUGUUAUUAGGAUUUGGCUGCUGCUGGUUUGGAGAUCAGGUAAACAAGUAAACAGAAUGAGUUGAUGGAUCAAAUCCCCUGCUCUGUUUGUCAGUAUUUCUUUAGCCAGUGGAGAUUUGACAUGAUCAGUUUGGUGUUCUGUUUGCUGCAUUGCCAUUGUUUAGUGUAAAGUUCACAAAUAGGCAAUUAGCUGUUCAUAAUCACAGCACAGCAAAAUCAGGCCCAACAUUUUGCUUAUGAGUGCGGGAUUGAUGGCUAAACACUUUUAUCCCCACAGGGAAUCAUGAAAUGAAGGAUAUUUAUUACAAAUGCCAGAAGAAAACAAACCUAAAAAUUGUUGAAUGUUUACCUCCGGCAAUAAAGAAAUGGUUAAUUUUUAUGGUUUAUUCAAUCAUUCAACAAUUAUGUGGAAUUCAACAAUUAUUUUAAACAAUUCAACAGUUUAAAAUGUGGAGGGCAAUGAUAAUUGAGACACGGUCAUUUACUUUAUUAAAAGCAUGUAUGUUAUGACUCAAAAUGGUGAGAGACAGCUUCCAAUUCGAGUUGAUGAUUUUAUUUCAACUGAACAAGUUACUUAGUCAAAGCUCUUAGGUAAUUUGUGUUGUGUUUUGUAGCUGAGGGAGUUGCUGUUAUAGCUUUCAUAUUCAAAGCUUGACAAAGAUCUGGCAUUCCAUUUGACUUAUGUACUUACACUGUGCAAAGUUUAGAAUUAAAAUUGAAAGUUAGAGAAAAAGA